GGCGGUGUACCAGCCUGGCACUGGAGGGAGGGUGAACUUAGGCACCCCGAGGGAGAGAAGGACAGUGCCCAGACCCAAGGUCACUGGCAACCAGCAGGCACGUGCCGCUUGCCCCAGGCCAGACGAGCAGCGCGCUGGGCGAUCUCGGCCCUGGGGCCUUGUGCUUGUCCGGAUCCAGUGCCCACUUACCCGUAGGGCAGGUCAGACCGCCCCGCCCCUGCCAGUCACGGCCUCCAUGACUCAGCCCCACUGGUGGCCAAGUAACUGGAAUCCUGUCCCCUGCCCAACUCCUGCCGGCCUCGGCCGGAAAGUCCCUCCCUGAGUCACACCUAAGGCUCACAUUGGGGAGCUAGAGACUCGGCCCCAGACCUGAGACUGCGCCGGACGUGCCCCCUGACGUCCUGGUACCAGGCUUGGGGACAGCCACCUCUCCCGGGUCCUUGCUCCUCUUAGCAUGGCUCCUAAACGCAAGGCCUCGGUGCAGAGUGAGGGUCCCCAGAAGAAGAAGGGGCAGCAGGGGACAAAGGAGGAGGACAGCUACCGCUCCGCCGCCGAGGCCCUGAAGGCCGCACCUGCAGAGGCGCGCAGAGUCCGCGUGGACCCUCUGUGCCCACUCAGCCACCAGCCGGAGACCCAGGUGCACGAGGACUAUGACUGUACCCUGAACCAGACCAACAUCGGGAGCAACAACAACAAAUUCUACAUCAUCCAGCUGCUGCAAGAGGGUGGCCGCUUCGCCUGCUGGAACCGCUGGGGCCGAGUAGGAGAGGUGGGUCAGUCGAAGCUCAGCCACUUCCCUUCCCUGGAGGCAGCCAGGAAAGACUUCGAGAAGAAGUUCCGGGACAAGACCAAGAACAGCUGGGCAGAGCGAGACCACUUCGUGGCCCAUCCCGGCAAGUACACCCUGAUCGAAGUGCAGAGAGAACACGAGGCCCAGGAGGCCGUGGUGAAGGUGGAUGGAGGCCCCGCAGCUGCAACGGUGGUCCAGCGCUUGCGGCCCUGCUCCCUGGAACCGGCCACACAGAAGCUCAUCUCCAACAUCUUCAGCAAGGACAUGUUCAAGGACGCGAUGGCCCACAUGAACUUAGACGUGAAGAAGAUGCCCCUGGGGAAGCUGAGUAAGCAGCAGAUCGCUCGGGGCUUUGAGGCCCUGGAGGCCUUGGAGGAGGCCCUGAAGGGCCCGGCGCCGGGCGGCCCCAGCUUGGAGGAGUUGUCCUCCCACUUCUACACUGUCAUCCCUCACAACUUCGGCCGUGCCCGGCCGCCGCCCAUCAACUCUCCUGAGCUGCUGCAGGCCAAGAAGGACAUGCUGCUGGUGCUGGCAGACAUCGAGCUGGCCCAGACCCUGCAGGCCAUGCCCGAGGAGGAGCGAGAGGUGAAGGAGGUGCCACACCCGCUGGACCGAGACUACGAGCUGCUCAAGUGCCACCUGCAGCUACUGGACGGCGGGGCCCCGGAGUACAAGGUGAUCCAGACCUACUUAGACCAGACCAGCUGCAGGUACCAGCCCCCGGUUCUCCAGCACGUGUGGAAAGUGAACCGAGAAGGCGAAAGAGAGAGAGAGAGAGAGAGAGAGGUGGGAACACGGCCCCUUAAGCCAGGGGGUGUCGUGAAGGCUGAGGCUGAGGCAGCGCUUUCUGGGACGGCAAAGCUGGGUAUCAGAGACCCAGGAGAAUCCGCAGGGUCCCUCGGGAGGCCCCGUGCCCACCUCUGGGCCGUUCUCUGUCCCCCAGUGACUGGCAUGUCCUGUGGGACCCACCGCAUUGGCUACAUGUUCCUGGGUGAGGUGGCACUGGGCCAAGAGUACCACAUCACCAGCGACGACCCCAGCCUGAAACAGCCACCCUCAGGGUUCCACAGCGUCAUUGCCCGGGGCUACACGGAGCCUGAUCCAAGCCAGGACACAGAGCUGGAGCUGGAUGGGCAGCGCGUGACGGUGCCGCAGGGCCGGCCAGUGCCCUGCCCCAAGUUCAGCAACUCCAGAUUCUCCCAGAGCGAGUACCUGGUCUACCAGGAGAGCCAGUGCCGCCUGCGCUACCUGCUGGAGAUUCGCCUCUGAGCCACGGGCAAACACACCCCCCCCACUCCCCCAC